AUGGAUGACAGUGUCUCCCCCAAUUCUUCUGGCGACUCGACGCCUUCUUAUGACAAUGGCUGCCAUGGCUCCCCCGAGCGAGGAUAUCCGAUCGCUACCACCAUCGCGGAACUGUCUCAGCAUUUCGACCAGCACACCCUCACGCCACGGCGGCCGAGCGUAUGCGUAGAGGGAUCAAUACCACAUGCGCGCGAGCUAAACCCGCCCCACCGUUUGCCAAACAGCUUCUCGGAUCGAGUCUGCCGUCGACGGCAGAGCCUCAACCGUCUUCAAUGCUCCUCCGACCACCUCUCACGCAUAUCGGCACUCGUUGAAGAAAUGGUGCAGACCGGACAGCCAUUAUACGAACCCACCCAUCCUGCCGCCCUGCUCGAUGACUCCACUUCCCCAUCGCUCUCCCCCGAAGUGAUUCCGCCCAUGGCAUCCUACUUCAACAUUUCUGCUUCAAGACCCUCCUCCUCCUCCAGCGCCAAUUGCGAUCCGCGAUUACCACAGCAUUCUCUACGACGUUCACAGUCAUAUAAGAUCGAGAAGGAUUUGAGACACAGUGCGUCAAGGGAAGGGAUUGGGAAGCAUAUGGUGAAGAAGAAGAUCAGGAUGCGGAAGAGCUUGAAGAUGCUGGAGAGUGGGGGAAAGAGAUCGUACUCGACCCCAUCUUAUGCUAAAACAAUAGACCGAGCUGUCCAUGUGAAAAUCUACCCCAGGCCGCGGGAUCUGGCUGAAAGUAGAGGAGUACUGCGGGUACUCCAGCAGUAUGGCGACGUUGUCAUGUACAAGAAUCUCAAGUGGUGGCAGCAUGAACCCGACCACCCCGCCCCCAAUACCGCUUUCGCAGUAUAUCAGAAUACGGAUUCCGCGCAGAGUAUUAUCAAUGCUAGUCCGUUGCGCUUCGAAUCGGGAAGGGCUGACUUCAGCUCGUCCGUGUCGCAAUUCAUGCCAUCAACACCGCCUUCAGCCGAGGCAAAGGAGGACAGUGGUCCAACUCCCCAAGAAGAGUCUAAUCAUGCCCAAGAAGAAUUUGAUGAAGUCAACACCGCCCGGCAGCGGCCAAAUGACGCUUCAGGUAGAGGAACGACCUUUACAGGCUUGAGUGGGACGGUUCGAUGGGGUGCUAUGCGCUCAUUCCCCAGCACCGACGAAGCAGCGACACGCCCGUCUCUCUCGCAACCUCCCAAGACCUUCACCCCCAAUCCUACUCCUCUCAAGGCCUCUUCUGCCGACCUCCCAAACCCUCCCUCGGGUAUCCAACCGACCACGGCAUCCUCAUACACUCCGCGCGAAUUCCAUCUCAUAAUCGAGCGCUCUAUUAUGAAUCACCAUCUCUACAUCCAACGACAGCACUACUAUGCUGGCUUUACUCUAGACCUGAAGGGUGCGAUGGGGGACGAUUUGGAGGGAAGGGUGCCUGUAGCUGGUAUGGCGGACUGCCAGCUUGGAAAGCCGGAGGUACCGUUGAGGAUACGGAUGAAGCAGCGGGAAAAGAAUGAUAACAUGGGUUGGACGAGCCUGGGGAGCCUGUGGAAGGAAGGGGAGAGGGCGAGGGAGAGGGAGAGGGAGGGGAAACCGGCUGAGGAUGUCGGUGUUGACGAUGGAGUUCGUGAAUUCGCUCCCUUGACAUGA